AUGAUCAAUAAUCUAAAGAUUUUGGCUUUCCUUGUGUUACUCACAGUCUUGGGUUUAUUUGCUAGAUUUUACUUCAUGCACACAAAAGAUUCCAUUGGACAUUUUAUAUGUACAGAAGAUAAAACCUUAAAUGUUUUAAUUCCUGAGCAUGUCCUGAGUGAGGGAAAUGGUGUAAUAUUAUUGGAGAUAACUGAAAGGAUGACUCUUCCUCCUUUGGUGCUGUGUUCGCUUGAGUCAGCUGCUCGUGUAUAUCCUGAACGACCGGUGGCUUUUUUCAUGAAGGGUCUGCCUGACAUUAAUUCAACAGAUUAUCAAACACAAGCACGCAGAAAAUUUCCAUCUCUCUCACCUUAUGAAAAUAUCUACUUCUUCCCUCUUAGAAUGGAUGAAUUGUAUGCAGGUACUCCUCUUCUCAAGUGGUAUAAAAAGGUUAAUCCCAAGAAGGAAAGAUAUUGGAUUCAUGUAAGCUCCGAUGGUUUAAGAUUUGCAUCCUUAUGGAAAUAUGGUGGCUUAUAUUUCGAUGCUGAUGUAAUCUCAAUGCGUCCCAUUCCACAUAAGAAUUUUCUUGCAGCAGAAAAGUUUAAUGUUUGCAGCAGUAGUGUCUUUGGACUUCAUCGUCAUCAUAGCUUCACCUGGCAAUGUAUGGAAGACUUUGUUAAAAACUACAAGGGAGAAGUAUGGGGAUAUCAGGGACCAUACCUCUUUACACGUAUUAUGAAACAGUGGUGUGUGCUGCCUCCAUUUAUAAAUAUGGAAGAUGUCACUUGUGGUAACAUCCCCUACUUAAAUCCUCAACGUUUCUAUCCUAUUCCAUGGGGAGAUUGGAAAAGAUACUAUGAGGUUUGGAAAGAGUUACCAACUUUUAAUAACUCGUAUUCUUUGCAUCUCUGGAAUUAUAUGAAUAAAAAAAAUGAAAACAUGGUGGUUGUUGGAAGCAACACACUUGUGGAACAUCUUUUUCAGCAUUACUGUCCAACAACCUAUGCAUCUUUAUAAAAUAAUGUCAUAGCUCAUAUAGAGACAUCAGGUUUAAUAUGGUGGUUAGUUAGAACAAAGUUAAAAUAAAUCAAACUAUCAAUAAUCUAUUAGCUACAGUGAAUAAUGUAUACAAUUAUUUUGGUUUAUAUCGGCUCCUAAUUUCAAAAUAAUCUUUACAGUCC